AUGUCAUCAGAAUCCACAAAGUCAUCGGCAACCUCGCCGCCUACACCCAAAGCCAAAGCAGGUGGGGCCAUCGAGCUUUCCCGGCAGGCGUCGGCUACGGCUGGAACUUCAACCGAAUACCACCAAAUCUCGACUUUCCACCGCUAUUAUGGCCUGGCAGCUCUAUGCUUCCUCAACAUGGUACAAGUCUGGGGCUGGCUGUCAUACGCCACGGUGAACAUAUACGCUCAGGAGUGGUUCGGGGUCGAUGCACAGGCUAUCAACUGGUUUUCCACAGCUUACGGGCUAGCGGUCAUCCCCUUCCCCUUCGCCGCAUGGUUCAUCAACCGCUAUGGCACACGUAAGAGUGUCUUGGUGGGAGCUGCCGGCACCAUUCUUGGCAACUGGAUCCGGUAUGCCGGCACGGCCAAAGCCUCCAUGGCAGGGGCCAUUAUCGGCCAACUUAUCCUAGCUCUGUCGCAAAUCUUUGUCCUACCGGUGGCUCCUGUCUACUCAAGCCAGUGGUUCCGCCCAGAUCGUCGCACAACUCCGACUACUUUUGGUACCAUCAGCCCGACCAUCGGUUCCAUGCUCGGAUCCUUCACCACCCCUUUUCUUGCCCAGGAUGCAUCACAGCUGCCCCAGUCUAUCUUGAUAGUGGCUGGAAUUUCCACAGCCGCGGCAGCAAGCUGCUUUUUUUUCCCAGAACCGCCGCGAGAGCACCCAGCCAGUAGCACCCCGGAAUCUCUGGAGACAUCCGACACACCUUCGCCGUGGUCUUAUGCUCUCAGGAUGCUGAAGAGCCCCGAAUUUUACAUGCUCGCUGUACCAUUCAUUGUUGGCUUGCUUCUCUUCAAUGCCUUCGCCACGCUCUUGUUGUUGUAUCUGGCGCCUUACGGAUUCCCUUUGGAGGAUGCGGGACUUCUGACUGGGCUGCAAACAGGAGUGGGAUGCGCUGUGGCUUUGGUGGUGGCACCUCUUGUCGACCGGUGGCGACUACACAUUCCCGCUAUCCAAAGCAUGUUGGUUUUGGGGGCAGGACUCUACAUUGCCUUUAUCUUUGUCCCCGCUUCCGAGAGUCGUGUUGUGGCCUUUGUCGUCUGCACACUCAUGGGAGUAUUUGGCACUACUGUUCUCUCCUUGAUCUUGGAGACGCUGGCCGAGAUCCUCUACCCCGUCCCGCCCGAAUUCAUAUCCACCGUUUGCUGGUGCAUGGGCAAUGUCCUCGGCGCCGUCACCGUCUUUGGCUUCGCUGCUGGCAUCAACCCAGAUGGAAACCCACCUGGUGAGGCGUCGAGAGCACUCUAUGCACAGGCUGGAGUCGCGGUCGUUCUGGUCGGUGCUCCUCCACUCCUCCUGGGGCUGUUUGGGCGGAAGGACAAGAUCAAAUUUCGCAGAAGAGAAGCUCAGACGAAUGCCAUCCCCCAGGCCAAUCAGACUUCCUUGUAG